UUCAUUUUAGGGUGUAAGCUAAUUUGUUCGUCUAAAAUUUUCUUCCCCGAAAAGAAGGGAUAUGUAAUAUUUCAAUCAAGUUCCUUCUCACUGACCUAAUCAUUCCCAGGUAAAACGGUUCUGAAGCAAAGAGAAGUGAUAUACCCCCCCCCCCACACACAAUUUGCUCAAAAUAAUUAAAAAUGGCUGGGAGAAACCGCAUUCCUCGAGAGGCCUUAAAUGACAGGCGUGGAAUUCCUCCUGAAAGACCUUUCCGCCGUGGUCCACCGCUGCCACAACGACCUCCUCAUCCUGCAUUGUUGGAGGAAGAACUAGAAAUGCAGCAUGCAGAAAUUCGGAGGCUUUUGAGUGAUAACAGCAGGCUGGUAGAAGAUCGAAUGGCUAUACAACAAGAGCUUGGUGCUGCGAAAGAUGAAAUUCAUCGUUUGAAUCUUGUCAUUGGUGAAAUUCGUGCUGAACAAGAGCUGUACUCAAGGGGACUUAUUGACAAAUGCUUGAAGCUGGAGGCAGAUCUCCAUGCAACUGAGCCAUUGAAGAAGGAGGCUGUGCAACUCCGUGCAGAAGUUCAGAAACUGAAUAAUGUUAAGCAGGAACUAGCUGGCCAAGUGCAGACUCUCAAGAAAGAUAUUUCCAGGCUGCAAGCUGAUAAUCAACGGAUAUCUGUUUUAAGAGCAGAAAUUGAUGGCCUGCACCAGGAGUUGAUGCAUGCGAGGAAUGCCAUUGAUUAUGAAAAGAAGGCAAAUAUCGAGCUGAUGGACCAGAGACAAGCAAUGGAGAAGAACAUGGUCUCCAUGGCACGUGAAGUUGAAAAGCUGCGUGCAGAACUUACCGUUGUGGAUGGUAGACCUUGGGCUGCUGGUGGACCUUAUGGAAUGAAAUUCAACAGUUCAGAGGGGACUUUUCCUGCCUCAUAUGAAGGAUAUGGGGCUCAUCUGGCUGCUGCUGAUAAGGGUCCUUUUCAUGGUCGUCGUCCUGGGACUUGGGAGAAGCCUCACAAUGCUCGUCGCUAGGAGAGUUUUUGCUCGAUGCUAGAAAGGCAAAAUUGUUACUCUGUUUUGAAGUGCAAAAUAUUGGCCAGCUUGGAAUUCAUCAUAUAUCUGUGCAUGCUACAUAAAUCGGGGACCUGGUAUGCAUCACCCAUAACAGUGAAGACAGAGCAUGUAAUAAUCUUAAAUGAGCUUGAGGACAUAUGUCAUAUGAUGAAUGAGGUGCAAAAACCGAAAGAUGUUGUUUGAUCCUCUAAAUCACAUGCAUUGCUGAAGUGAAGAGUUGAUUGAUAAUUGGCGCGGUAAACUGUAUGUUGAAACAGUGUGGUUUUGGUUCUUGUUCUUGAAGAUUUAUUUGUAUUGUUCUUCCCCAUGUCUUUCACACUAAUUCCUGGCGAAAAGGGUGUAAUUGGGGCAUGUCAUGUAACAUAUGGGGG